AUGACUAGAGGUCGAGGUCGCGGAAGAACAGGGCGUGGAGGCAAGUCUGCAGUUAGGAGUAAUAAUGAUGUUACUGCAGACAUACCUACUGUUCCCACUCCUGCUAUUGUUACUUCUCAAGAUGAUGUCAUAGGUGGUCAAAAUAAUACAAAUCAAGUUCAACCAUUGAUUCCUCAAAUUAGAUCAACGGUUCAAACUUCUGGUGAUGGUAGCAACCAUACAACUCCCGUAUCAUCUCUGACUGCUCUAAAUCAGAUGAAUAAAACAAGAGAAGAUAUGACUCGAGGAAGAGGUACAAGUCGAGGAAGCAUAAGGCGUGUGGGCAAGUCAGCAGCUAGGACUAAUAUGCCUGUUCGUACUGCAAACAUGCCUACUAUUCCCACUCCUAUAGUUGCACCACAAACAGUUGGUGGCGUAGGUGCUCCAACUUUUAAUCAUGGUAAUACGUCUCCUACUACUCUAAAUCAGACCAACCCAACAACUAUAGGUACGUCUUCACAAACUAACCAAGUAGGUGAGGACAUAUCUCGUAGCAACACAAAUAGAGAAAGUAAUUCCAGUCGGAGCCAUGUGCGGACCCUUGUUACUAUAACUUCUACAGGAUUGCAACCUUCUAAAGCAUGCUCUAAUAUGAUACACGAGUCUUUCAAAAAUGAACUUGAUCAUAAUGGAGUCAAUUGGAAAGGUGUCUCAUAUGACAUAAAAGAUGGCUAUUUUGGGGAAUUCAAGAAACACUUCUAUUGGGUUUCUUCCAUUACUGAUGCUGCAGUAAAGAAACACUGUACAAUGCUCAAUACUUCUUUUUUACAUGCUGCUGAAAUGGGUCGAGAUCUGACACCAAGUGAGUUACAUUUGCAUCUUCACACACAUGGUCAUGAUGGAAAAUCUUUCAUUGAUGAACGUUCCCGAAUCGUCCAUGAAAGAUUUGAAGAAAUAUUACGAGAAAAAACAUUAUCAGAAUCUAUUAUUGAUCAAAUUGAAGCAUAUUACCAAGCUGCCGGAGGAGAAAAGAAGCGAAGAGUAUUUGGUCUUGGAUCAGAAGCCAAAGGCUACUACGGCCAAACUCUAUCUACAGAUUCGUAUUUGGAUGAGUUUGUGAAGCGAUUGAUUCCCGCACUUAAAAAUCAUUUUUUUCCUAUUGUCAUUAAAGAGGUACAAAAGUUGGUUUCUUCACGAUCAGUUGUCACACCUCCGGCUACUCCUUUGGACGAUCUUGAUUCCUUAAAUGAUGAUUGCAAUGAUCUUGAUCAGUUGUGA